CUCCGCAGCCCACCACCUCUUCUUCCUCCCUCCCUCCCUCCCCUGCGCUGCUGCUCCCUUUCCCCCACGGCCCUCCCGCUGCCCGAAUCCGCGGCGCCGCAGCCGGAGCCCGAGCACGCCGCGCGCACCGAGCCGGAUCUGCGGCCGCGAUGGAGGCGAUUCGCGCGUGAUUCUCCGAGGGAGUGAGGGGGCUGGUGAGGCUUUCGCCGGCGUGAUGGCGCCGCCGGAGGAGGCCGGCGGCGGGGACCAGUUCCCGGUGGGGAUGAAGGUGCUGGUCGUCGACGACGACCAGACGUGCCUCGCCGUGCUCAAGAGGAUGCUCGUCCAGUGCCGCUACGACGCUACAACUUGUUCUCAGGCCACGAGAGCAUUAGCUAUGCUGCGAGAGAACAGGGGUGCUUUUGAUGUUAUAAUUAGUGAUGUUCACAUGCCUGAUAUGAAUGGAUUCAGGUUACUUGAACUUGUAGGCCUUGAGAUGGAUCUUCCAGUUAUUAUGAUGUCUGCUGAUUCAAGGACAGAUCUAGUAAUGAAAGGAAUAAAACAUGGAGCCUGUGAUUAUUUGAUUAAACCUGUCAGGAUGGAAGAGUUAAAAAACAUCUGGCAACAUGUUGUGAGGAAAAAGUUUGGUGGAAACAAGGAACAUGAGCAUUCAGGUAGCUUAGAUGAUACAGAUCGGAACAGACUAACCAAUAAUGAUAAUGAGUAUGCUUCUUCUGCAAAUGAUGGAGCUGAGGAUAGCUGGAAGUCUCAGAAAAAGAAACGGGAUAAAGAAGAGGAUGACAGUGAAUUGGAAAGUGGCGAUCCUUCUAAUAAUUCGAAGAAACCAAGAGUUGUUUGGUCAGUUGAGCUCCAUCAACAAUUUGUAAAUGCAGUUAAUCACCUCGGAAUAGACAAAGCUGUUCCCAAGAAAAUUUUGGAGCUGAUGAAUGUCCCUGGUUUAACUAGGGAAAACGUCGCCAGCCAUUUGCAGAAAUUCAGAUUGUAUCUGAAAAGGAUAGCUCAGCAUCAUGCAGGAAUGGCCAAUCCAUAUGGUGUGCCUGCAUCUAGUGCUCAAGUGGCCUCCUUGGGAGGACUUGAUUUCCAAGCUUUGGCUGCUUCAGGUCAAAUCCCUCCUCAAGCCCUGGCAGCUUUGCAGGAUGAGCUCCUAGGACGACCUACAAACAGCCUGGUGUUGCCUGGAAGGGACCAGUCAUCUCUACGACUUGCUGCAGUCAAAGGAAAUAAGCCCCAUGGAGAGCAAAUAGCAUUUGGGCAGCCGAUAUACAAGGUCCAGAAUAAUUCAUAUGCGGCAUUACCCCAAAACAACCCUGCAGCUGGAAGAAUGCCUUCUUUUUCAGCUUGGCCCAAUAACAAACUUGGUAUGUCAGAUUCAAUGAGUGCACUGGGUAAUGUGAAUAAUUCUCAGAAUAGCAAUAUGGUCUUGCACGAAUUGCAACAGCAGCCAGAUACCAUGCUGUCGGGAACCCUUCACACUCUAGAUGUCAAACCUUCCGGCAUAGUAAUGCCAUCUCAGUCAUUAAAUACUUUCCCAGCUAGCGAGGGCCUCUCUGCUAAUCAAAAUUCCUUGAUUAUACCUUCUCAAUCGUCAGGUUUUCUAACAGGCAUUCCUCCAUCCAUGAAGCCUGAACUUGUUCUCCCAACUUCUCAAUCAUCAAACAGUCUGUUAGGUGGGAUUGAUCUGAUUAACCAAGCUUCAACCAGUCAGCCUUUCAUUAGUAGCCAUGGAGGAAAUCUUCCCGGUCUCAUGAAUCGUAACUCAAAUGUGAUGCCAUCACAAGGAAUAAGUAGCUUUCAAACUGGUAAUACUCCAUAUCUGGUUAAUCAGAACUCUAUGGGAAUGGGCUCUAAACCACCUGGUGUUCUAAAGACUGAGAGCACUGACUCUCUUAACCAAAACUAUGCUUAUGCCAACCAUAUGGAUUCCGGCUUGCUGUCUUCUCAGUCAAAAAAUGCACAGUUCGGUUUUCUGCAGAGUCCAAAUGAUGUCACAGGUGGCUGGUCUUCUUUGCAAAAUAUGGAUGGUUAUAGAAAUACUGUUGGGCCAAGUCAGCCAGUGUCCAGUUCGUCUAGCUUUCAGAGUUCAAAUGCAGCCCUCGGGAAAUUGCCAGAUCAAGGACGAGGAAAAAAUCUUGGAUUUGUUGGGAAGGGUGCUUGCAUCCCAAACCGCUUUGCAGUGGAUGAGAUUGAAUCUCCAACUAACAGCUUGAGUCACAGCAUUGGAAGCAGUGGAGACAUCCAGGACAUGUUCGGGUUUAGUGGACAGAUGUGAAGGCUUCUUGGAUUUGUAAGUAGGGUAAUCACUGGAAACAAUUUAGUGGUUUGAUGAAUGGUUGCUCUUAUUUUUCAUUUCGUCUUCUUUUUUCUCUGUAAUUGGUUUAUAAAGGGAAUAAUUUGUGACAGCAUGCUGAAUCUUGGUUUAUAGAAAGUUGUUCGGUCUAAAGAAUUUUGAAUUA